AUGGAUACAGUUCUGUCAACUGUCCACUGUCUUUCACAAGAACUACAAAAAAGCAACAUUGACUACGUGGCAGCUAGUGGUUUAAUACAGGCUUGCAAAGCCACAUUUACAAAAUUUCGUUCUGAUGAGUAUUUGGAAGAAAUAGCUAAACAGACUGACAAAUUAUGUGAUAUGAUAGGUGUAGCACCUCAGGAAGAAAAAAAUUUACGUAAUUCAACCGGAUGCACCGAGAUGCACCGAAGUUCGGCCCCGGCCAAAAUCCGGCUUUUUUUUCAAAUCCGUUCGAAUCCGGCCCUGGCCGGAUUUGGUGGCCGGAUUUAG